AUGGGCGGCCGCAUAACCCGCGACGACGUCCUCAAGCACCUGGAAACCCGUGACGUGGCUGCCUCGGUGGUGGCCGUCCAGCCGGCGGCCCCGACGGCACAAACCCAGCCAGCCGACGGCAACGACGAAGAGCACAUCCCCCUGACCCCGGUGCGCCGCAUGAUUGCCGAGGCCAUGGUACGCAGCGUGUCCCAGAUACCCCACGCCUGGAGCACCGUCGAGGUGGACGUUUCCAGCCUGGUCGCCACCCGCGCUGCCGUGCGCGAGGCCUUCCGCCAGCGCGAGGGCGUGGACCUGACCUAUUUGCCCUUCGUCAUUCGGGCCCUGGUGGAAACCCUCAAGGAGAACCCAACGUUCAACGCCACUUGGGGCGGCGACAAGAUUACCCUGAAGAAGCGCCUUAAUAUCGGCCUGGCCGUGGCCGCGCCCAACGGACUGGUGGUGCCGGUCAUUCACAACGCCGACCGCCUCAGCCUCUCCGGCCUGGCCCACGCUGUCGCCGACCUGACCCAGCGAGCCCCGCGACAACAAGCUGACCAUUGA